UUUUCGUUGUUUUUGGUCGAAUGUUUCAUUAAAUUUGGCCAUUUUCCCCUUCMAAAUGGGGGAAUCCUUUCUCUGUGGAACUCGCCGUUGAUCAUGGAUUUCGGAGGCCGAAGGAACCAACUUAAAGAAUGGGGAGAUAAUCGUAUUGGUGUAUCUGACAGUACAAUCAUACCAGAUGACAGAUUUACGGCAAGCUCAUAUAGCUCUAUGUAUGAGAAACCACACCGUGCACGACUGAAUGGAAAUGAAGGGGCAUGGGAACCAAAGACCAAUGAUGACCCUAAUGACUAUCUACAGAUAGACUUGGGUGAGGUGUUUGUUAUCCGUGCUGUAGCUACACAAGGCUAUCCUAAUGUUCCAUUUUGGACUACAGAAUACCAGAUAUCAACAUCUAUUGACAAUAACACUUGGACAAUGUACCGAAGUGGUGGCAAAAUCAAGUUAUUUUCGGGUAACAAAGAUGAAAAUGGUGUCGUCAAGAAUGCGUUAAACGAUACUCGAACUCUUGCAAGGUUCAUUAGAUUCAUACCGACGAAAUACGACAGAUGGAAGACACUACGUGUAGAAGUGUAUGGAUAUAGGAAAGAUCUAGAAAGCUUUGAGUCAAAUGCUCAGAAGGAAUGGGAUGGCUGGGUUAAAGGAAGUAAUGAAAAAGUGCCAUGGGAAGUACUUGAUGAGAACUCCUAUGAAAAGGUUGCAAAUUCUAUAAAGGCAGCGACAAGAUCACAAGGUGACAACUUAACCCAGGAUUAUGAGUCAGACAUUGGUUUCUCGCUCGACCAUGAAAAUCACUAUGUCAACGUGGAGAUAAGGGAAUCACUGGAAGAAAUGACCAUGUGUCUUUGGAUGUCAAUCAACAGCUCAUCGCCAAUCAUCAUUAGCGUUAGUUAUGUARAGGAGGAGAACGAAAAGAUUGUUAUUGCAUUUCUCAAUAUUGAUGCAACGACAAGAAAUGAAACUAGAAAAUGGAUCCACAUUUGCCUCACGUGGAUGUCCAAUUUUGGGGUAUGGCAAACGUUCAUUGACGGUGCUGCAAUAGCUAUUGGACUUGGAGUGUUGGACAAACAGGAACUGUAUAGAGGUAACAUAUCGGUCACUUUUGAUUCCCAAGAUCAGAAAACCGAGGUUAAAUACAGUAGACUAAACAUAUGGAAUAAUGUGUUGUCUGAGCAAUAUAUACUCUAUAUGUCGUACAAAUGUGGAACAGAGUCUGGGAACCUCUUAGGAUGGAAAGACUACUUGAAUGUAAAGCCAAGGAACACUAGUGGUUUUAAGAUUUACGAGUCAACUUGUCGAGGAAAGCAAGGAAAUGUUCUGAGUUUAAUUGGUCCAUCGAGUCCCGAGACACCAAGUAGCUUUGCAAGAAUAGAGAGCCCGCGAUACAACAGGUCAUCGGAAUCUCCAGGGAGGUGUUUGAAGUUCAAGUACAAAAUGUGGGGACCUGGAGCGAAAGCGAUGAUAAUUUAUCAAGAAUUUGAUAACCGAGAGUACAGUAAGAGACCGAUAUGGAUGGUCAAAGACAGUGAGGACAGUAGAUGGAGGGAUGGACAAGUAACACUGACAGCAGUAACGGCAUAUAAGCUUGCUAUCGAAAGUGAAAUCAGGAAUAAGCCAGGAUUGCUGUCGAUAGGUGCCUUACACACCACCGAGGGCUACUGUUCUGAUAUUAUACCAUCAUCAGCGAGAGAAGCCUGCAAUGAGUUGCUGACCAACAAUACAGGCUACAUCGUGUCGCCCUAUUAUCCUGGUUACUAUGACAACAAUACUAGCGGUACCUGGACAAUCAAGGCGAGCAAAGGUCACGUGAUUCGUAUGGAAUUUAAAGCCUUUGAAUUGGAGUUGAGCCCGACAUGUUCAGCUGACUUUGUAGAAGUGUAUGAUGGAGAGGAAGCUCUGUCGACUUUUCGUAUUGGUCGUUACUGUGGAUCAAGAUAUCCACAAAUGAUCGAGUCACAGUCAGACACCAUCAAGAUAACCUUUUCGUCCAAUAACAAUGUUACAAGAUCUGGAUUCAAGGUUUAUUACCAGAUAAUAAAAGAUACAGGAGAUGACGGAUGUGUUCAAGACUGUCCCUUGUCAUGUACCUGUGGAAGAGAAACGAAUGGUAGUGGGAUUGUCAUAACUUCGACUCAAUUGAUGUCCCUUCCAGACCGACUGCCCAAGAACACUAAAGCCAUACCUAAAAGGGACCGAGGAGAAACGUCCGAGUGAGGCGAAAAUUGCAUAAUGUGCGUCUUACUCGACCCCAUCACGCUGGUUCUGACCACCCAUGGCAUUUCUUUGAGCAUGCGCAGUGAAAGUAAAAAGGCGUAGAGGUCACAGUUGCGGCUGCGUUAAACGGUCUUUCAUCUGCCCUGUGAUACAUGCAGCGGGUAGAAGUCAUUGAGAGCAUCCAUUAUUUGAAAGCAAAGCAUGUUGUAGUGUUUAUUCCGUCAAUUUAUCAGCGAAGCAAGUCAGUCAUCUGUAUCUGUUAUG